AUGAUCAUACCAGAGUCUUUACAGUUUGCCGUCUCCACGUUGUCAUGGACUCUUAGGGCUGGCUGUUUAGCACAUAUAAUACACGAGAAUAUCUACGAGUUUACAGAAACAAGGGGCGAAUCGAUGCUCCCCACAGUUCAAAACCAACAUGAUUAUGUACAUGCCUUUAAAAAGUAUAAACUUGGACGAAAUUUGGAAAUGGGUGAUUGUGUCGUUGCCAUGAAACCGAGUGAUCCAUCUCAUCGAAUAUGCAAGCGCAUUACUGGUAUGCCGGGGGAUGUUGUUUUGGUAGAUCCGUCUUCUUCCUCAUUCUUAACAAACACGCCCAGUGAAAUUAUUCAACAUGACGGAUUCAACAAGUUUAUAAAAGUUCCAGAGGGACAUGUAUGGUGUACUGGUGAUAACUUGUGUCAUUCCCUAGACUCAAGAUCAUAUGGGGUACUUCCAAUGGCGCUUAUAACAGGAAAAAUUGUUGCUGCCAAUUCAAUGAAUGAUGGGAUCAGGGGAUUCUUUAACUUUCGAUGGAUAAAGAACACAUUCGUUGAUGAAAGUUGA